AUGUCUGUUCCACCGCAGAAUCUCAGCGAUGGAAAUGUUGCAAGCAAUUUUUUUCAAGGUCCUUCACAACCGCAGUCCGGCGGCCAUCAUGCAGGACCACCUCAGAUGCUUCCAGAGAGUAUCUUAGAAGAAAAAGCUCGAAAAUGGAAACAGCUUCAAUCAAAACGUUAUGCAGAGAAGAGGAAAUUUGGUUUUGUUGAUUCACAGAAAGAGGAGAUGCCUGCAGCGCACGUCAGGAAAAUUAUUCGUGACCAUGGUGAUAUGACCUCGAGAAAGUACAGGCACGAUAAGCGUGUAUACCUGGGGGCUUUAAAGUACAUGCCACAUGCAGUGUUGAAGUUAUUGGAAAACAUGCCGAUUAAUUUUCGUUUGGUGUUGCUAAGGAUGAGGUUUCCUCCAUUUGACGACGAAGAACCUCCGUUAGAUUAUGCGGAUAACAUACUUGAUGUUGAGCCACUUGAACCAAUCAAAAUGGAUAUGGAUGAAGAUGAAGAUAAAGCAGUGAAAGAUUGGUUCUAUGAUCACAAACCUCUGGCAAAAACGAGGUUUAUCAACGGGACCACCUAUCGGCGAUGGGCUUUUAGUAUCCCUAUGAUGGCUACGUUGUACCGGCUAGCUAAUCAGUUGAUGACUGAUCUUGUUGACGAUAACUAUUAUUAUUUGUUUGAUUUGAAAUCAUUUUUCACCGCGAAAGCACUGAAUGUGGCUAUUCCAGGAGGACCCAAAUUUGAACCACUCAUUAAGGACUUAAAUGCGGACGAGGACUGGAAUGAGUUUAAUGACAUCAACAAAGUUAUUAUAAGAGCUCCUAUUCGAACUGAAUACCGUAUCGCGUUUCCGUUCAUGUACAACAACCUCAUUAACGCUUUGCCCGUCCAAGUGUCCUGGUACCAUGCGCCGUCUGUAGUGUUCAUUAAGACUGAAGACCCUGAUUUGCCAGCCUUUUAUUUUGAUCCUCUGAUCAAUCCGAUUGCUCAGCGCUCUGAGAAGAUACAUGAGCCGGUUCCGAGUGAGGAUGAGGAAUUUGUAUUGCCAGAGGAAGUUGUGCCUAUAUUUGCUGAUGUUUCGCUUUAUACAGAAAACACUGGCAACGGUAUUGCGCUUUUAUGGGCACGGAGGCCAUUCAAUAUGCGUUCUGGUCGUACCAGAAGGGCUAUAGACAUUCCCUUAGUGCUGAGCUGGUAUCGCGAGCACUGCCCCUCAGGAAUGCCUGUAAAAGUUCGAGUGUCCUACCAGAAGCUUCUGAAGGUUUAUGUUUUAAAUGCUCUACGGCACCGUCCACCGAAACCUCAGAAAAGAAGGUAUCUUUUCCGUUCGUUUAAAGCAACGAAGUUCUUCCAGUCGACAACCUUAGAUUGGGUUGAAGUCGGUUUACAGGUUUUGCGGCAAGGUUAUAACAUGUUGAAUUUGUUGAUACAUCGGAAGAAUUUGAACUACCUUCAUUUGGACUAUAACUUCAAUCUGAAACCAGUGAAAACGCUGACAACAAAAGAGCGUAAAAAGUCUCGUUUUGGGAAUGCAUUCCACCUUUGUCGAGAAAUAUUACGAUUGACAAAACUAGUUGUGGACGCUCAUGUUCAGUAUAGGUUGAACAAUGUUGACGCUUAUCAGCUUGCUGAUGGACUGCAGUAUAUAUUUUCGCACGUUGGGCAGUUGACUGGUAUGUACCGGUACAAAUACAAACUGAUGAGACAGGUUCGAAUGUGCAAGGAUCUGAAGCAUUUAAUCUACUACAGAUUUAAUACGGGCCCAGUGGGAAAAGGACCGGGGUGCGGUGUUUGGGCACCUGGGUGGCGCGUUUGGUUAUUCUUUAUGCGUGGGAUAACGCCUCUUUUGGAGCGAUGGCUCGGUAACCUUUUGUCAAGGCAGUUUGAAGGAAGGCAUUCUAAGGGUGUUGCAAAAACAGUUACGAAACAGCGAGUGGAGUCACACUUUGAUUUGGAACUUAGGGCUGCUGUGAUGCACGAUAUUUUGGAUAUGAUGCCGGAAGGUAUAAAACAAAACAAGGCACGAGUGAUUUUGCAACACUUAAGCGAAGCUUGGCGAUGUUGGAAAGCGAAUAUCCCGUGGAAGGUACCUGGUUUGCCGACACCAGUAGAAAACAUGAUCUUACGUUAUGUAAAAGCGAAAGCGGACUGGUGGACAAAUUCAGCACAUUACAACAGGGAGCGUGUCAGGCGUGGUGCAACAGUAGAUAAAACCGUUUGUAAGAAGAACCUUGGAAGGCUUACGAGGCUCUAUUUGAAGGCUGAGCAAGAGCGGCAACAUAACUACUUGAAAGAUGGACCUUAUAUAAGUGCGGAAGAAGCUGUGGCAAUAUAUACAACUACUGUUCAUUGGUUGGAGUCACGUCGUUUCUCACCUAUUCCGUUCCCUCCAUUGUCUUACAAGCACGACACUAAACUUCUGAUUUUGGCAUUAGAGCGACUGAAGGAAGCUUAUUCAGUGAAGAACAGGUUGAACCAGAGUCAGAGAGAAGAAUUAGCCUUAAUUGAGCAAGCGUACGACAAUCCCCACGAGGCUCUUUCACGUAUCAAACGUCACAUGUUGACGCAGAGAGCUUUCAAGGAAGUUGGAAUAGAAUUCAUGGACCUUUAUUCCUAUCUGGUUCCUGUUUAUGACAUAGAGCCCUUGGAAAAAGUAACUGACGCUUAUUUGGACCAGUAUUUAUGGUAUGAAGCUGAUAAACGGCGCUUAUUCCCUAACUGGAUAAAACCGGCUGAUACAGAACCUCCUCCGUUACUAACUUACAAAUGGUGCCAAGGAAUUAACAAUUUACAAGAAGUUUGGGACACUAAUGAAGGAGAGUGUGAUGUCAUGUUGGAAGCGCGGUUGGAAAAGGUCUAUGAAAAAAUGGAUUUGACUUUGCUAAACAGGUUGCUGAGGUUAAUUGUGGACCAUAAUAUUGCUGACUACAUGACUGCUAAGAACAACGUAUUAAUUAACUAUAAGGAUAUGAACCAUACAAAUUCGUUUGGAAUUAUUCGGGGGCUGCAGUUCGCAUCGUUUAUUGUCCAGUAUUACGGAUUGGUUUUAGAUUUGCUUAUCCUUGGUUUACGAAGGGCAAGUGAAAUAGCCGGACUCCCUCAGUGUCCCAACGAGUUCUUGACCUAUCAAGACAUUGCCACUGAAGUUGUUCAUCCUAUAAGGCUGUACUGCAGAUAUAUAGACAAGAUUUGGAUCUUCUUUAGGUUCUCGGCUGAUGAGGCAAGAGAUCUUAUUCAACGGUAUUUAACAGAACAUCCAGACCCCAAUAAUGAAAAUAUUGUUGGAUACAACAAUAAGAAAUGCUGGCCCAGAGACGCUCGAAUGAGGCUCAUGAAACAUGAUGUUAACUUAGGGAGGGCGGUAUUUUGGGAUAUAAAGAACCGGUUGCCCCGUUCUGUAACUACCGUGGAGUGGGAAAAUUCUUUUGUGUCCGUGUACAGUAAAGAUAACCCAAACCUUCUCUUCGACAUGUGUGGUUUCGAAUGCCGCAUUUUGCCCAAGUGCAGGAUGGCAACUGAAGAAUUAACUCAUAGGGAUGGUGUUUGGAACCUUCAGAAUGAAGUAACUAAGGAAAGGACUGCGCAGUGCUUUUUGAAAGUAGACGAGGAGUCGUUACUGAAGUUUCAUAAUCGGAUCCGUCAGAUUUUAAUGUCAUCUGGUUCCACAACGUUUACGAAGAUUGUGAAUAAGUGGAAUACUGCGUUAAUCGGUCUGAUGACUUAUUUCCGUGAGGCAGUUGUUAACACGCAAGAGUUGCUCGACCUUUUGGUCAAAUGCGAAAACAAAAUUCAGACUCGUAUUAAAAUCGGGCUGAACUCGAAAAUGCCAGCUCGUUUUCCACCUGUGGUAUUCUACACACCGAAGGAGAUUGGUGGUCUUGGGAUGCUAUCUAUGGGUCACGUCCUUAUCCCACAGUCAGAUCUGAGGUGGAUGAAACAGACUGAUGCAGGAGGCAUCACCCACUUUCGUAGUGGUAUGACACAUGAUGAAGACCAGUUGAUACCAAAUCUUUACAGAUAUAUCCAGCCGUGGGAAGCCGAGUUUAUUGAUUCUCAACGUGUUUGGGCAGAGUAUGCUUUAAAACGGCAAGAAGCCAACGCGCAGAAUCGAAGGCUAACGUUGGAAGACUUAGAUGAUAGUUGGGACAGAGGUAUACCAAGAAUUAAUACACUGUUUCAAAAGGACCGACAUACGUUGGCGUAUGAUAAAGGGUGGCGUGUACGGACUGAAUUCAAAACUUAUCAGAUACUCAAGCAAAAUCCGUUUUGGUGGACGCAUCAACGCCAUGACGGCAAGUUGUGGAAUUUAAAUAAUUAUCGAACGGACAUGAUUCAAGCUCUUGGAGGUGUCGAAGGCAUUUUGGAGCACACUCUUUUUAGGGGUACAUAUUUUCCAACAUGGGAAGGCCUGUUUUGGGAGCGAGCGUCUGGAUUUGAAGAAUCUAUGAAGUUUAAAAAAUUGACUAAUGCCCAACGUUCUGGUUUGAACCAAAUUCCAAAUCGUCGGUUCACUUUAUGGUGGUCCCCCACUAUUAAUCGGGCCAAUGUCUAUGUCGGCUUCCAAGUGCAACUUGACUUGACAGGAAUUUUUAUGCACGGUAAAAUUCCAACAUUGAAAAUAUCGUUGAUUCAAAUAUUCAGAGCUCACUUGUGGCAGAAGAUUCACGAGUCCGUUGUAAUGGAUUUAUGUCAGGUGUUUGACCAGGAACUGGAUGCUUUGGAAAUUCAGACCGUCCAAAAAGAGACUAUUCAUCCCAGAAAGUCAUACAAAAUGAACAGUUCUUGUGCUGACAUUUUACUUUUCGCGCAAUAUAAGUGGCAUGUCUCUCGCCCGUCACUUCUUGCUGACUCCAAAGAUGUGAUGGACAGUACUACUACUCAGAAAUACUGGCUGGACAUCCAGUUACGAUGGGGCGACUAUGAUUCUCACGAUGUUGAAAGAUAUGCCAGGGCAAAGUUUCUCGAUUAUACUACAGAUAAUAUGUCAAUUUACCCAUCACCUACUGGUGUGCUUAUCGCCAUAGAUCUAGCUUACAAUUUGUAUAGCGCUUAUGGUAAUUGGUUUCCUGGUAUGAAGCCGCUGAUACGUCAAGCAAUGGCCAAAAUUAUUAAGGCUAAUCCAGCCUUUUAUGUCUUGCGUGAACGGAUAAGAAAAGGGUUACAGCUUUAUUCUUCAGAACCAACAGAACCGUAUUUAACGUCGCAAAACUAUGGCGAGUUGUUCAGCAACCAGAUUAUAUGGUUUGUGGAUGACACAAAUGUAUAUCGAGUCACCAUUCACAAGACUUUUGAAGGUAACUUGACAACGAAACCUAUUAAUGGUGCUAUAUUCAUUUUUAACCCGCGAACGGGCCAACUAUUUUUGAAAAUUAUCCAUACAAGCGUGUGGGCUGGUCAGAAGAGAUUAAGUCAGUUGGCGAAAUGGAAGACUGCUGAAGAAGUUGCUGCAUUAAUUCGCUCUUUGCCAGUGGAAGAACAGCCGCGUCAGAUUAUCGUCACAAGGAAGGCAAUGCUUGAUCCUCUUGAAGUCCACUUACUUGAUUUUCCAAAUAUUGUCAUCAAAGGGUCGGAGCUUAUGUUGCCUUUCCAGGCUAUUAUGAAAGUCGAAAAAUUCGGCGAUCUGAUUUUGAAGGCGACGGAACCACAGAUGGUCUUAUUCAAUCUCUAUGAUGACUGGCUAAAAACAAUAUCUAGUUACACUGCCUUCUCACGAGUAAUUCUCAUCAUGCGAGGAAUGCAUAUCAACCCAGAUAAAACCAAGGUGAUAUUGAAACCAGACAAGACAACGCUUACCGAACCACAUCAUAUCUGGCCUUCCUUGUCUGAUGAGGAGUGGAUCAAGGUUGAACUUGCUCUUAAAGAUAUGAUAUUGGCCGAUUACGGCAAGAAAAAUAAUGUGAAUGUUGCUUCCUUGACACAAAGUGAGGUGAGGGAUAUCAUACUCGGCAUGGAAAUCAGCGCUCCUUCUGCCCAGAGGCAACAGAUUGCUGACAUCGAGAAACAAACCAAGGAGCAGAGUCAGGUUACUGCCACAACGACAAGGACUGUUAACAAACAUGGAGAUGAGAUAAUAUCGGCCACGACGAGCAAUUAUGAAAGUCAGUCGUUUGCGUCCAGAACUGAGUGGAGAGUACGAGCAAUUAGUUCUACUAAUUUGCAUUUGAGAACUCAACACAUAUACGUCAAUUCCGACGACGUGAAGGACACUGGUUAUACCUACAUUUUACCAAAGAAUGUAUUAAAGAAAUUCAUCAUCAUUUCCGACUUAAGAACACAGAUUGCUGGGUAUUUGUAUGGCGUGUCGCCACCGGACAAUCCACAAGUAAAAGAAAUUCGUUGCAUCGUGUUACCGCCGCAGUGGGGAACUCAUCAAAUGGUCCAUUUGCCCACACAGCUUCCAUCUCACGAGUUUAUUAAAGACCUAGAGCCUUUGGGAUGGAUGCAUACGCAACCUAAUGAAUUGCCGCAACUGUCGCCGCAGGAUGUAAUGGCUCAUGCUAAAACACUUACAGAAAAUGAAAGUUGGGACGGAGAAAAAACAAUCAUUAUAACGUGCAGUUUCACACCUGGGUCGGUUUCAUUGACGGCUUACAAAUUGACGCCUAGUGGCUUUGAGUGGGCUCGUAACAAUACUGAUAAACAGAGCAAUAAUCCGAAAGGUUACCUUCCAUCACAUUACGAAAAAGUUCAAAUGUUGUUGUCAGAUCGGUUUUUGGGUUAUUUCAUGGUGCCCGCUUCGGGUAUAUGGAACUACAACUUUAUGGGUGUGAGGCAUGAGGCGAGCAUGCGGUACGAUCUUAUGUUGGCAAACCCUAAAGAGUUCUAUCAUGAGGAUCAUAGGCCUCUCCAUUUCCAAAACUUCAAAGCAUUUGAUGAUCCUUUGGGGAUUGCAGCUGCUGACAAAGAAGAUGUGUUUGCAUGA